CAGGCCGCAACUGACGGAGUCACCAUGACCGCAACUGAGGACCCCCCAGCCAAGCCCGCGUGGUUCGAAACCGAGGUCACAUCCAUCAAUCCCACUGCGCAACACUUACUCGAGACCUACAGCAAUCUCAAACCAGACGAAGUAAUCCCCCAUGUAUUAGCAGUGCGCGAUGAAGCCUUCAAAGUCUGCCAAUACCCUUGCAUUGGCCAGAUGCGCUUCCUCUCCUUCAACCUCGCCACACUCCCCUUCUAUCCCCGGGUAAUGGACCACCUCCGCGCGAACCCCGACGCCGGAUUCCUGGACGUGGGUUGCUGCGUCGGCCAAGAGAUCCGCUUCCUCGCCAACGAGGGCAUCCCCGGCAAGCAGCUCUAUGGCUGCGACCUCGAGCAGAUCUUCAUCGACCUGGGUUAUCGACUCUUUCGCGAUGCCGACCGUCUGGAUGCGACGUUUAUCACUGGAGAUCUCACCGCGGGUGAUGACGAGGAGUUUACGCGGGGAAGGCUCGCGCAGACGGUGAACGGGAAGCUCGAGGUCGUCCUAACUAAUUCGGUCCUUCAUCUGUGGGACUAUGAGACCCAGGUCAAGGUAGCUGCGCGACUUGUCCGGCUGUGUAAGGAGAAACCGGGGGUGAUCAUUGCCGGGCGGCAGAUGGGGACGCGAUUGGCAGGACACUACGCAUUGAAAGGGUUCAAGAAUGACCCAAUGCACUACCGACACAAUGUGGAGUCGAUCAAAGGAUUCUGGUAUGAUGUCGGGCAAGUCACUGGGACGCGGUGGCGGGUGGAGGCGGAGUUGUACUGGGGCGAGGAGUGGGAGAAGACGCGGAACGUGUCGUUUACAGAUGAGAAUGUGCGGAUGCUUUGGUUCUGCGCGGUGAGGGAGUAACUUGAGGAUAUUAGUGCACUAGACGUGGUUUGAGAUGCCGCAUUUCCAUUUAAUGAAUUUUCAGAAAUGUUGAAGUAUCAGCUUCUAGGAGCACG